UGGUAGCAGGCUAGGGCGUUGCUAGCGGCGGAAAGUGGGAUUUCUUCUCUCUCUAUCUUUCCUCAAGUUAUGCUCUUUCACAAGCUCCGUCUAUCAUCGGAAAACAGCGCCUUUUUUUCACGUCUACCCAAACUUUUAGUCCCCUUCGGAAGCUUUGUGUGGCUUUUUAGUUUCACAGAGGAGCGACUGUUAGUGUCCCGUUAGCUGGUCGCGAAGCUAACCCGUUCUCAUCCACGGAGGGAGGAGGAGGAGGGGGGAUUCUGCCGAGAAACAAGCUGAAUUCUGGAAACAUGGAGUCAAGAAGCGACGUAGCGCGGUGCUAACCGACUCUGCUGGGUUUUCUCUUUGCUCCUGGGAGACUUUGCAGCACCGAGACGAGCUACUCGGGACUCAGGAGAGGUGUUGUUACAUAUUUUCCGUCGCGGCUCGCUCGUCUCACAGUGAACAGGAGUUUGCUUAGUUUGGAGCAAGAGCUCACACGAAGCAAAGUUUUUUUUUUCUUUUUGCUGAAAGGGCUCAUCUGUUGUGCUUGAUGUUAGCAGUCGAGAUUACUUCUUACUACCAUGAGAAAGGAUUUCAGGAAAACAACCGCAUUUCAUUUCAUUUGUAUAUGAAUAUGAUCACCUUAAGCCGCUUUUGUUUUCUUUUUGUUUUUAAAUCUUAACAUUUAGCCGCAGUUGCUUUUUGCUAACUUGUUAACGCGCUAUACUCGCUACUGAGCGAUUCUCAUGAUCGAGGGAGAGUCGACCCCGCAGCCACAGGCAGGCAUUUCUUGGGGGAAAAAAAGGGAAUACCGAAUGGGACUGCAGGAAUUUCCAGCAUCUUUAAAGAUCAUUUAGGCACCGAGGCCAACUCGUAAUCGAAGCGAGGGGUGGUGGCAGACGGACUACAUCGCUGGGCCGAAGGGUGUCUGGAUUGUUUACACGUUUUCUACACCGGCGGAACAUUUGGGGAUGUGAAUAAAAAAAAAAGAUUUAACCAACGAGUUCACAUUUGCACGGCAAGUUGUGCAAGCUGGAUUUUUUUUUUUUUAUUAUUAUUAUUAUUGCUGUUAAAAAAUAAAAUAAAUCUCGACACUGUAAGGUCACUGCUGCUGUUUUGGUUUGGACGAGGAUUACCUGUAAACAGGACCACCUGUCAGUGUUUUAUCUUUUUAUUUUAGUUCUUUUUUUAUCUAAUCGUGGGACCUGCCUUGCAAACAGCCAGGAUUUCCCAAAGGGAGCUGAUUCUGAGCAUCAUCUACAAAAUCCUCGCCUACUUUACAGACGAAUGCCAGAGAAGGAUACUCCAGGAAGUCGGGUCACCAAGCUCUGGAAAAUGUUAAUGGGAUAUAAUUUUCUGCAAAUCUAGAACCGGAAGCCCAAUGAGUGACACACAGUUCAGCUCGACUGACAGGUUUACCAAGAAAGCAAUAAGAACCAGCAGCAUUCUCAGUAAGGACCAUCCCCCAGACAAGAAACCUAAAAGCGACAAAACCUCACUUCCCUCCAAUGAGUUUGACCCUACAGAAGCUCUGGUGGUGGAGACGAGUGGCAACAGCAGUGUGCUUGCAGAGGGAAAGCCUGAGUCCUGUGGUCUGGUCCAACGAUGUGUGAUCAUCCAGAAAGAUGAAAAUGGCUUUGGGCUCACUGUCAGUGGUGACAACCCUGUGUUUGUGCAGCUGGUCAAAGAAGACGGGGCUGCAAUGCGGGCAGGUGUUCAGACAGGAGACAGGAUCAUCAAGGUUAACGGGACCCUUGUUACACAUUCUAAUCACACAGAAGUAGUGAAGCUUAUCAAAUCGGGCUCCUAUGUGGCCCUCACGGUUUUGGGACGCCCUCCAGGGCUCGCCCAGAUCCCUUUGCCUGAAGCAGAACCUGACAUCUUGGGUGUUAGCUUAUCCUCCCCAAACUCUCCUGCAGCAGAGCGCCCCUAUAGUCCUCAGGACCGCCUUCCCUCCUUACACCCUUCAUGGGAGGAAAACAGCAGCGGCUGCAACCAGAAGACUGAUGUUAUGCAAAAGAAGUUCUCAAAAGAACAGCAGGAUCUGCAGGCUUUGAAAGAGGAGUACAGCAGGAACCCCACCCCCAAACUACUGAAAGACAUCCAGGAUGCUAAAAAACACAUUCCUCAGCUGCAGGGUCAGCUCUUCAAGGCCACUGGAACAACACAGGAGGCUGUUUCAAGUGGCGAUGCGGACGACAGUAGCAUAUAUGAAACGGAUCGCACACAUACCCCUCGAGUAGACAGCAGCACAGAUCUGCCGUGGAGCAGCUCUCCUAUGUCACAUACGUUUGGACCAGCAUCUCCAGACAGCCAUUGUCCUAAAGACUUCUCCUGCCCCAGCCCAAAGAGCACACCCCGAAACAGCUUCAACUCUUGCCACUCCCCAGAGAUCGAGGAUACCACUGACCUGGACUCUCUGUCACCCACCGCAUUCAGCAGUCCAUCGUCUUCUCGCGUUAUCUCCCACAUUAUCGGAGCUGAAGAUGAUGAUUUUAUUCGAGACCAAGAUCAGACCAACGGCCAGUGUGACAGCUUUAACAGCAUUGAGCAGCUCAAGUCCCGCCCUGCGCACCUCGCAGCCUUCCUCCAUCAUGUCAUCACUCAGUUUGAACCUGCUCCUGUGUUGUGCUACCUCUAUGCGGAGCUCUAUAAGCAGACCAACUCCAAAGAGACCAGACGGGUUUUCCUGGACCUUCACACUUUUUUUAUGGAUCGAGGAGCAAAUUUAAAGGUUCCUGUUCCAGAAUCUGUUUCCUCUGAUCUUGACCGGCGGCGGACAGAGCUAAUACCAGAGGAAAUAAAUAGGCAACAUGUUCAAACACUGCAGGACUCUUUGCAAGCUGAAGUUGAGAAGAACCUGGAGGAUUUUAGGCAGAAGCGUAGUAUGGGCCUAACGGUGGCUGAAGCUGAGCUGGCAAGACUGGACCAAGAAAGAGUCCGUGAUCGUGUAACUCUUGAGCGGGAACGUUCAUACGCUGAAAACAUCAUCUCCAAAAUAGAUGAUAUCCUAUCUUUCGGUUUAACUACUCAGACCACAGAGGAAGACAAAUGCACUACGAUACAGAUUGUUAUCUAUACAUACAUGAAGCACCUUGGAGUGAGGGUGAAGGAGCCUCGAAAUCUGGAGUCCAAACGGGGUCUGAAUCGCCUUUUCCCUAAAAUGAAGCUGCAGAAAAGUAUUAAGACAGAUAAAGAAGGUGACGUCAAAAAGAAGUUUUUAAAUCUUGUACCUCAACGUCGACCCAGCCGUAUUGAAUCAGCAUCCGCAGGUAAAGCCCUAGACAAUCGCCCCAAGCCUCAGAAACAGCUCUCCCAGCCGACAUUGGGGGCAGUCGAUCAAAUGGAUGGAAGUCGACUGAGGGGCAGCCAGUCCACUGAGGGCCCAGAACUCACUCACUCCCUGUCUGUCUCAUCUACAAGUAGCACCACGCACAGUGUUGACACAAGCAGAGAUGCUGAUAAUGGUGGGACUCCAACAUCAGCCCCCUCCCGGUUGAGUGAUGGCCUACAGCCGGAUCCUCUGGAUCGAUUAGCAUAUUCUGCUUUACACAUGGAGCCUUAUAGCUUGGAGCAGUUACAAGAGGAUGACAGAGAAAAUGAUAGAGCUCAUGACGGAACACCAAAGGCAGUUAGAAGGCUUGAGGGUUUGGGUGUGGGUGAUGUCCAGAGUGAGGAUGAUCAGGGUACCGACUCAGAACUUGAUCCCCCCAACUGGCAGCAGCUGGUGGGAAGAGAGAUCCUUGCAGGGCUCCAGCCUCAAGAGAUUAAGAGACAGGAAGUUAUAAAUGAGUUGUUUUACACAGAGCGUGCACAUGUACGGAUGCUGAGAGUUUUGGACCAUGUUUUCUACCAGAAGCUUUCCAAAGAUGCAAUCCUUCCUCCUGCUGACAUCAAGAACAUCUUCACUAACCUGGAAGAGGUUUUACAGCUGCAUGUUUCAAUAUUUGAGCGAAUGAUGGCAGUUCGAAAGAGAAAUGAGUCUUCAGUAAUUGAUCUGAAAGGCGAUGACUUGCUCUCAUGGUUUAGCGGUGCCGAGGAGGAGAAGAUCAAGCAGGCAGUGGGGACGUUUUGCAGUAACCAGCCGUUUGCACUGGAGAUCAUCAAGACCAAGCAGAAGAAAGACUCAAGGUUCACCUCAUUCAUUCAGGAGGCUGAGAGUAACAGACAGUGUCGCCGACUGCAGCUAAAGGACAUCAUUCCUGUAGAAAUGUUGCGGCUCACCAAGUACCCCCUGCUGCUAGACAACAUAGUCAAGUACACAGAUGAUCCAGUGGAGAAGCAUAAAGUUAAGCAGGCAGCUGAUUGCUGUAGAAAGAUCCUCAGUCACGUCAACCAGGCUUUAAAAGAGUCUGAGGACAAACAGAGAUUAGAGGACUAUCAGAGGAGAUUGGACCUCUCCUCUCUAAAGCAGACAGAUAACCCUAUGAUCCUUGAGCUAAAGAACCUGGAUUUGACCAAGAAGACGCUGAUUCACGAGGGCUCUCUAACAUGGAAAAUGAAUAAGGACAAGACUAUUGAGCUGUACACGCUCCUCCUGGAGGAUAUUCUUGUUCUGCUACAGAAACAAGAUGAGCGUCUGAUCCUCAAGUGCCACAGCAAAAUCCUGGCGGGCACCUCAGAUACAAAACAAAUCUUCAGCCCCAUCAUUAAGCUCAACACUGUUCUGGUGCGCUCUGUGGCCACAGACAACAAGUCCUUCUUCGUUCUCUCCAUGUCUGACAACGGCGCACAAAUCUACGAGUUAAUGGCGCCCACGGUCUCAGAUCAAAAAACAUGGCAAGCUCUGAUCUCACAAAGAGCGGAUCAUAUGAAAGUCAAACCUCACAGCAUCAUACCGUUACCUCAGACUGAUGGAGAGAGAGACGGAGUGGAGAUCAUUACAGCAGGCGUUUCCAGACUGAGCAGAGAACGAGACCGCACAUCCACCGGCAGCACGCAGUCCACAGACAUAGAGAGCAGCCCAGCUUCUAGAAGUGCACUGCAGAGUACCCUGCCUGGUGGUAACCCAUUUGAGGAAUUGAGGGCAGAUGGGGAGGAAGAGGAAGAAGAAGGUUUUUUGGAACCAGAGAUCCCUUUUCAAGUAUCUGAAGCUGACAGAGAAGGAGACUCAUUUGACGUGUUUCCCUCAAGGGCUGACGAAGCACUAAAAACACUGGCUGCAUUAAAACAAGUCCUGGUGAACCAGUUGAUGUCCCAGGAAGCUGCACAGCAAACCAAACGUUCCACAGGAGUCCGUCUCCUCAGGACCACCUCUUUGAGGACCCCGACAGAUAACCGCACAAAGGUGAUGGUUCACAACGGCUCUGAAAACAGCAGCUCUAAAGCAGAAGACCUGGCUCAGGACCUGGGAUCAGGAGACACUGGAUUCUUUGAUUCUCCUGAAGAUGAUGCAUGUUUAGUCCUGGAGGGUUACGGCGGCCAAGGGGAGAGCAACACAGAUGACGACAUGCUGGGAUCAACCCCAGGGAAACAGCUGAGAACCUCCCAAGGCUGUGCUGCCGACUCUGGCAUCAAUUUGAGAUUUUCUUCCACAUCACAGUUCGGCAGUCUCUCCACUUUCAGCAGACAGGUGUUGUCUCACCUUAGAAAUCUUCAGACCAACCUCAGCUAUUUAAAGGAGGUCGAGACCAAGUACAAUAAUCUAAUACACCAAAGGACAGAGAGAUCAGACACAGAUGGAAACAAAGAUAAAAGAUAGUGUGGACGUGAGCGGCGCAGCGUUUGGCUCUGGUCCCAUGGAAGAAAUACCGGCUCGCCGUCUGUUCUCUCCUCCAGUCCUGGACUUUCUGGACGUCCUAUAAGCUUGUCCUUCGACUGCUGAGCUCUUGUUGUUUUGUUUUUUUCCCAUCACCCACAGUCCCUACGGGGAAUGAUAGACUUAAAUGUGGAGCGAACGUUUUCGAAGGGAGAAUUCAUCUGUGCGGUGCCAUGCCAUUCCUUUCUCAGCACAAGGCAAUCAGGGAAGUGGGAUUGCCCUACCCCCCCUAAAAAAAGAAAAAACCUCAACCCCCUUCUAUCGUUGAACACCCAUCUUUCCCCUCUAAACUCCCGGCAAGAGAGAACUUAUACCAAAAUGUACAAAGAUGUGUGUUUAGAAUAUAUAUAUAUGAAACGCAAACAAGAAAAGGAAAAUUUUAAGAUAAUGUAUUAAGAUUUUUUUUUUUAUUCCCAAGAUGUAUUUAUUUUUUUUUUGUUGUUCUUUUAUUUUUCUUUUUUAAGUGUUUCAGAUUGUGUGCAUGCUUUUGACCAUGGUGUUACCGUUUCAGCUGCUUCUCCUGCUUUGGUUACACAUGGUUGGCGUGAGUGCACGCUCGCAUACCAGCACUCUAGUGUAUCUGGAUGAGUGGCAGCACUAUAUUCAGACUGAUAGAGGCCAGAGUUGCACUAGUGAUGGAUAAAUCCAGUGUAUUAAAACUCAUGAACAUUGUUAAAAACUUAAUAUUUAAUAGAAAUUCUGGUUUGAUGUUAACUAGAAUGAAGAGUCUGUAGGCUCUGAUCUGGUCCUUUUGCAUUUCUGUACUGACUUCUUUCUCGUUCCCCUCAUCCUUUUCUCUUUUUUUGCAUAUUACUCCAUCCCCCCACCCCUGUAAACUUCUUUGGGUGUCAUUACUUUCUUCUUCCAGUGGCUUUCCUGCUUAUUUCUCCCUUACUACAAUCUAUAUGUCAUGCUUCCUGUUGUGCCUCUGAAUAUCUCGCCCUGCUACCCUCUCUUACAAGGAGCAGUCAUGCCCUCUUUGUAUCAGCUCCUGAUAGAAAUGCUGCUUUCUCUCUGCUUCUGUUGGAGAUACUGAUCUGACUGCCCUAAAUUCUAAUAAUGUCAUGAAGUUCAACAUAUAGCGUACAAUGAUCAAGUUGGAAGGUUAUGCAUAACUUUACAAAAUAAAGUAAAAAAUGCCAUGAAACGAUGACAAAAAUUGUCUAAAU